AUGGACGGCGAUUUUUACUCGUUCGUGGCCGCGUAUGAUGUGCAUGAAAACGUGUCUUUUCGAGUAACAUGUCUGGAAGGAUCGCUGGAGCGCGACUCGCCUGCUGCGAUUGUCGCCUCACCCGAAAAAGCCCUGCUGGGCAAGAACCAAGCGGAAUAUCCGUCGUUGUGUAUCGUGUGUCAAUUGUAUGCGGACUCCAAGCCACUGGCACUGGCGCAGCGCACUUCCUAUAAACCGUUCCAGACAAAAUUUGAGUGGAACGAGUGGAUGACGAUGCCGUACGCCAUCGCCGAUCUUCCGCAGAGCGCGAUGCUCGUCUUUACGCUGCUGGAUAUCGCUGCGCCAGAGCGCGAGUCGAUUGUAGGUGGCACGGUGCUGCCGCUGUUUGGAAAAAAGGGAACGCCGCACCAAAACGAGCAGGAAACCGAGGCAGGACGCCUGGAAAAGCUGCUGAAGCAGCACCAGCGCCGUACACUGCCGCAUGUCGAUUGGCUCGACACGCUUGCGUUCCGCGUGAUUGAGCGCGCGCAUGCCGCGGAGGUGAACGACUCGUACGAGCUACUGCUCACGGUUGACAUGCCUGCAUUCGAGCUGCCGGUGGUCUUUGCAGAGCCCGAGUCGGAACUCGCACUGGAGCAGCCCGCGCCGACCCCAACGGCACCUGCCGCGCCGAGCCACAACGUCGACGCAUCGCUCUUUACGAUUUACGACCCGGAAAGUACGAACGAGAACAUUAUCGAGGCAAAGCACCGCCGCCUCGUACGCUCCCAGCGGUCCAACAUCCUCGAUCGCGAACGGAAACCGACGGCGACAGUGCGUGACGAGCUGCACGAUAUCCUCCUAUACCCCCCGACCCGCGUCCUGACCUCGCAAGAGAUGGACUUGAUUUGGUCGUUCCGUUUCCAUCUCACGCGCUACUCCAAGGGACUGACCAAGUUCCUCAAGUCGGUCGUGUGGAGCGACGCGUACGAAGCGCGGCAGGCGACCGAAGUGCUGCUGCCCAUGUGGGCCGAGCCAGAGCUGUCGGAUGCGCUCGAGCUGCUCGGACCGAGCUUUCGCGACUUGCGCGUCCGCGCUUAUGCGGUGCGCCAGCUGGAGCGUGCGGGCGACGAAGAGCUGGCUUUGUACCUCUUGCAGCUCGUCCAAGCGCUCAAGUUUGACGAAUCGGCGUGGGACCAUGCAAAAGAGCAGACGCACCAGCGCCAGCUGCACGGUCUGCAUCCCGAUGAUCGUGCGGAGCUGAACGAGCCGCCGCGGCUGGUUGACCUGCUGUGUGAGCGCAGCGCAUCGAACGCGGUGCUGGGGACCAUGUUCUUUUGGUACGUCAAGGUCGAGUGCGACGACACGCGUUUUGGCACGCUCUAUACACGUGUCGCCGAGAAGCUCCACGAGCAGUUGGUCGUGACGAAUGCCCCCCUGCGCGAGACGCUCGAGCGCCAAGAGCAGUUUGUCAAGACGCUCUCGACGCGGUGCCGCGAGCUGCGCCUUUCGCGCGACGCGCGCCCCAAAAAGAUUGAUCGGCUGCAUGCGAUUCUCGCCGACAAAAAGUCGGGUCUUUCCACGUAUUCGCCACCGCUGUCCCUUCCCCUCGACCCGCAGGUAUGCGUAAAGCGGUCCAUCCCCGAGAACAGCACCGUGUUCAAGAGCAACUUGUUCCCGCUCCGCAUUGAAUUCCAGACGCGCGACACCGAUGCACAAAGCAAUACAAGCGAUACGGAGGACGCGAGCGAUGCGCCGACCUAUACCAUAAUCUACAAGAACGGCGACGACCUGCGUCAGGACCAGCUUGUGAUCCAGCUCUUUACGUUGAUGGACCGUUUGCUCCGCAACGAGAACUUGGACCUGAAGAUUACGCCGUACCGCGUGCUUGCAACCGGCAUUUUGGAUGGCAUGGUGCAGUUUAUCCCAAGCCUGAGCAUUGCUACGAUCAUGACGCAGUACAAUGGCAGCCUGCUCGAGUACCUGCGGGCGCACCACCCGGAUCCCGAGAGCCCCGCGACGUACCACGUCCAGAGUUCGGUGCUCGAUACCUUUGUGCGCAGCUGUGCAGGCUACUGUGUGAUCACUUAUCUUCUUGGCGUCGGCGACCGCCACCUGGACAAUUUGCUGCUGUCACCCGACGGCCACUUUUUCCACGUCGACUUUGGCUACAUUCUGGGCCGCGACCCCAAGCCAUUCCCGCCGCCAGUCAAGGUGUGCAAGGAGAUGGUGGAGGCCAUGGGCGGCACUUCGUCUGUCUACUAUGUGCGCUUUAAAAAGCUGUGCCAUACCGCCUACGCGUGCCUGCGCAAGAACGCAAACCUGAUCCUCAACCUGGUGUCGCUCAUGGUCGACGCCAACAUCCCCGACAUCCGCUCCGAGCCGGACAAGGCGGUGCUAAAGAUCCAGGACAAGUUUAUGUUGGAUGUCUCGGAAGAAAAAGCCGUCGCGCACUUUGAGGCGCUCCUCAACGAAACGUCCUACCUCUCCACGAUGUUUGACCGCCUCCACAACAUGGCCCAGUACUUCCGGCAGUAG